AUGUCAGCGGAUGCAUUGAAGCAGAAAGGCAACGAGGCGUUCAAGCGGAACGAGUUUAAACUCGCGUGCGAGAUAUUCACGGAGGCGAUUGAGUUGGAUUCGACCAAUCACGUCUUGUAUUCCAACCGAAGCGCGGCCAGGGUAAUACUUAUUAUUAUGUGUAUUUUUUGUGCAUACAGUUGUGUACAUUUUCGAAGCGUUUUUCGAUCGUCUUCAUCUGUUUGA